GAAAUACUAUGAGAGGCACUCCCUACUUACUACCCUUCUUCUAAUCAAAAGUCAAAACACCAUCAUGCAGCCGAUAAGCAACUUGGCUGUUUCCCUUCAACUUGCCUCCUUUAUCCUCCUUCUAUUGCUUCUUUCGCCACCAACCAUAGCCCAAACUCCACCUUCUAAGGCUACAACAACUACCACUACAAUCACCAAAGGCACCACCAUCACGAAACCGGGAUGCCCACGAAAGUGCGGAAACCUAACGGUUCCAUACCCGUUCGGAGUGGGCUUAGGCUCGGGUUGCGCUCUCAACCCGAGCCUGGAAAUCAACUGCAACACAUCGAGCAAUCCUCCAAUGCCUCUAAUCACACAGAACCAGCUCCAUGUCUACGACAUCUCCGACUCCCAAGUCUGGAUCUCCAACUCCGUUACUACCAGAUGCUACACCCCGACGGGGGGCAUGCUCGGGCAAAAUUCGGCUGGGAUCGACCUCGGCAAUUCCAGCCCAUACACUUUCUCCGAUAAAAACAAGUUCACCGUUGUCGGGUGUGACGACUCCGCUGUCAUGACCGGAAACAACCUCGGAAACGGGAAGAGAUUCGGCAACGGUUGCGUCGUCUCUUGCAACAAGCCGGAGAAUGUGAUCGGCGGAAGCUGUAUUGGUUCCGCCGGUUGCUGCCAAAUCACGAUCCCGAAUGGAUUGAAGACUGCCAAUGUAACUAAUAUGCGCUCCCCGUUCGGCCAUGCUCGGGUCUGGUCCGGUAACCCCUGCGGGUACGCGUUUAUUGGGGAAGCCGGCCGGUAUAGUUUCCGGGGCUCCGAUGAUCUUAAAGAUUCCAAUUUCAGCAGGAGGGUUGGGGAAAGCGUUCCGAUUGUACUAGAUUGGGCUAUAGGGAAUCUGAGUUGUGAGGGCGCAAGGAAGAAAGAUGACUAUGCCUGCAAGGAGAAAAGUCAUUGCGUUGACGUUGACUAUGAUUAUGGAGGUUACCGUUGUAGCUGUGACGAUGGAUAUAUGGGCAAUCCUUAUAUCUCUCAGGGCUGCCAAGAUAUUGAUGAGUGUGAAGAUCCAAAUGAGAAUCCAUGUGAAAAGAUUUGCACAAACACGCCGCUGGGAAGCUAUACUUGUUCUUGUCCAGAUGGGUACACUGGCGAUGGUAAGAAGAAUGGGCAAGGUUGUGUUGCAACUGGGUCAGAAUUUCCAUGGAUCAAGUUUUCAGUAGAUUUUGUCAUGGACCACCGUUCCAUGAUGGCCAUUGCAAAGGCCAAAGCGGCCGAGGAGAUUGCUGCUAAGGCGGCCGAAGCGGCCAGGCGUGCCGCGGCCGGUGUGAGCGGGGCUACUGCAGAUGCGGCCCCAAAGCCUGCCCCGUCCAAGAAAAAGAGACCGGCCACUGACGGCCAGAAAAAGUUGACCGAGGCCGGCGUGAGCGUCUCUAAGAAGACGAAGAGGGCUCCUUCCCCUUCUCCUGCCAGUGAGGCCGGUACGCUUACUGUCCCCAGCGUGGGCGAUGGUGGUCCCGUCGUGGACCUUACUGUUGCUGACGAUGCUGCCCCAGCGCUUCCUCUCGUCCAGGAACCACGGACGCAGAGGGCCGGCAAGGAGGUUGCCGGUGCCACCUAUCAGAAAGUGAUAGAGUACCCCGUCGGCGGGGGCGUGUUUAAUGAGCUCGUCCCCGGCCAUGUCGUCCUGGCCAAGGCCAUGCCGGCCAAAGAUCGGGCUCAUCUGAAGAAGCUCGAGGACCCGAAGAUUUAUGAGGGCGGCAUGGAUCUCCUCGUCCAAAGUGCCUUCAUGCUUAUGGAAAGCCAUAAGAGGCAGUACUGGGAGAUUGCCCGCCUGCAAGCACUGGAGCAGAAGGCUGCCUCGGCCGACGAGGCGGUAGCUUGCCUUGACCGGCUUCGGGAGGAUGCCAAGGCGCUGCAGGCCAAAGCUGAUGAGGUCGUCGCGGCCAGGGACGUUGCCCUGGUCCAGCUCGAAGAGAGCAAAAGGGAGCUCGCAGAGUCCCGUAGAGCGCUUGAGGCCGAGAAGCGCAGGAGCGAGGAGGCCGCCAAGGCGAAAGCUGAGGCCGAGGCCGCCGUCGUGAGGGCUGCCGAUGAGGCUGUUGAGAAGUUCUUGGCCGAAGGGUGGAAGGCCGAUGAGAGGCUCCCCUGGUGCUACGAGGUGGUGGCCGCCAGGCUGGAGAAUUGGGGGAUGAACUCCCCUGCCGGCCGAGAGUAUUUCAGCCAGGAGAUGUCUGUUUACUACAACCUGGGCCAGGAGCGGAUGCAAAGGCUCCUGUACCGGCGGCUAUCCCGGGCGUUGAAGGCCAUGAAUUACACGGCUGGAUGGGCUAGACGGAACCUGAAGCUCCCAAAGCUGAUGAAGGAUCCCGAAGGGCAGGCCACGCUUCCGCUGUCGGAGCGGGAGUCCCCCAUAGAAAGCUCCGGCCUCGGCGAGCCGGACUAUACUGAGUUCGAUUUCUUGGAUGAUGCCACCAGCGCCGCUGCCGGCCAGGAAGCUGAGGCCGAUGAGGAGGGGGCCGACGAGGUUGAAGAGCCAGCCCCGGAGGCUUGAUCGGCUAGUCCCUAUUGUAGUUAGCUUUUCAUUUGUUGCCCAAUUAUGUAAUGGCCGUAGUGCCCCCCAAUUGUAAUGAAUUUUAUCAAUUGAAGAAAUUUUUGCUGUCCUUUUCGGCCUUGAAUCCUUUGUGUGCUUGUUUGCUUUGUCAUUUCAAUUCUGUAAAUUGUCUUAAGUAUUAAGUCAUAACUUGGGUCACCCGCGAGUGUCCGCUACGUCCAUGAGGUUGGCCUUCCCGUCCAGCAAUCUGGUCGGCCUAUGCCUCUUUGCUCUACUGUCAUAAUACUUAGGAUUUUGCUUCAAAAAUUCCCCAAGUGUUUUUUUUUUUGGGUCCAUGUAGCUCCUGUCUUUACGGCCUAGUGGUCUGAUCGGCUUGGACGUAGUUUCAUAACACUUAGGAAUUUUUCAAAAUUUUUCUAAGUGUUUUGGGAUCCACUUAGGUGCUUCCCUUUCGGCCUGGUGGCCUGGUCGGCUUGACCGGUGUUCCUUUGCCAUCAUAACACAGGAUUUUUUUUCAAAAAAUUUCCUAAGCGUUGUGGAUUCCUUUUAGGUGCUUCCGUUUUUAGCCUUGACCGUAGUGUCCGUUCCGUCCAAGCAUUGGCGUCCUC